AUGCCAAGGAAACUCUCAAAAAACCCUCUCCCUCCGAGCUCCUCGACGCUCUCCUCAACCUCGUCAGCAUCAGUAGCAUCCUCGCUUCUCCCAUCCUCCCUCGCCGAUCCGUCGCUUCCGUUCCCUAAACUCAUCGUCUUCGAUCUCGACUAUACUCUCUGGCCCUUCUGGGUUGAUACCCACGUCACGCCGCCUCUGAAACCAAACUCAUCCCACACGAGCGCCACGGACAAAUACGGUGAAGACUACGGCUUCUUCAGCGAUGUACCCGCCAUUCUGUACGCGCUUCCUCGCGCAGGUAUAAAAAUGGGUGUCGCGUCGCGGACAAGUGCGCCAAGUCUUGCGCGCGAUCUACUAAAGAUGCUACACAUCAGCGCGCCCGAAGGCAACACCAAAGAGAAACCCAAAAAGGCGCUCGAUAUGUUUGAUGGCUUGUUGGAGAUUUACCCUGGGUGCAAGAUUAAGCAUUUUGAGAGUCUGCAAAAGAGGACAGGCAUCAAAUACGAGGAUAUGCUGUUCUUUGAUGACGAAGCGAGGAAUAGAGAUACUGAGAGUCUGGGAGUUACAAUGUGUCUUGUUAGAGACGGUGUUACUUGGGAAGAGCUUGAGAGGGGUGUUACACAGUGGAGAAAUAAGAGGGGAUAUAUCAAGAGGCCUGAUGCUAUCGAGUUGGAAUAA